AUGAUAAGGAAUCAUAAAAAAAGGUCAGUCAAAAUCUACUAUGCCUGUAUUUAUGAUGGAGGGAUACCAGUUGGCAUUUGUAUGUCCAAUGAAUGUAGAGGCUUCAUCUGUUUCAAUUGUUUUCAAUUGAUACAUUCAAAUCAUUUAAAUAAUACAUUUACUUUUGACGAGAUAAAAGUCAAAGUUGAGAUUGUUAUAAGCUAAAUUAAAGAGAUCGCGAUUUAGUUUAGUCUUGGAGGGAGAGAAGAUUAUUCUGAACAUCUAGAGAAGUUCACUUAAAACUUUUGGUAAUUAGAAUUGGAAUAUAAUUGGUACAAAUCAAAAAAGUUGUAAAAAGAAGUAGUUUUACUCUAAAGCAUACCAAGAUUAAGAGAGAUAAACAAAUAGUUAACCCUCAGUAAAGAAAAUCAUGCAUACUAUUUUUAUUCUCUAAAGCCACUUUUGUUUGUACAUUCCAAUAAUUCAAGAAAUUAUACCGAGGAAGUUUGUUUUGCAAUUAAAUUCAUAAUAAUAUUUCUAUUAUGUUGUGCAUUGAUAAUCAUCAUCCUAAAAUUCAUACUAAUAAAGGUGGUCUAAGAUGGAUGA